AACCCGACCCAUUUUCGCUCUUCUUCACUGUUUCACAUUCCAAAUCUAUCUGUAACCUCAAAACCCUUUUCAAAACCCUACAUUUUGAGCCAUAGCAUCUUUGUCUGUCUCUCGUUAGAGAUGUCAAUGGCUAAAACUGAAGACAAACCAGCACAAGAGGCCAAACAGAAAGAAGAAAUAAAAGAGGAAUCUGAGGAAGAAGAAGAAGAGCAGACCUUUGAACAGCUUGGGCUUGACCCUCGUUUAAUUCGAGCUUUAAACAAGAAGGAAAUUAGUGUUACAAAGCCAACCCCAAUCCAGCGAGUCGCUAUUCCUCUAAUACUCGAAGGGAAGGAUGUGGUUGCCAGAGCAAAGACAGGCUCAGGGAAGACAUUGGCUUACUUGCUUCCUCUGCUUCAAAAGUUGUUCGCAAGUUCUGGUUCCAGUAGAAAGCUUGCCCCAUCUGCAUUCAUUCUCGUCCCAAGUGGGGAAUUGUGUCAGCAGGUUCAUAAAGAGGUCUCAUCCCUUAUUGAUUCGUGUAAAGUUCAGUUGAAAGCUGUACAGUUGACGACCAAAAUGGGUGUUUCUGAUUUGCGUACUGCAUUGGCUGGACCUCCUGAUGUUAUUGUAACAACUCCUGCUUGUGUAGCUAAGUGCUUGUCAGCUGGUGCACUUCAAUCAUCAUCUAUAAAUGAUUCACUUGAAAUUCUUGUUCUUGACGAGGCAGAUCUUUUAUUGUCAUUUGGCUAUGAAGAUGAUCUAAAAGCUCUUACAGCUUUUGUCCCUAGACGUUGUCAAUGCCUUCUUAUGUCAGCUACAUCAAGCGCUGAUGUUGAUAAACUGAAGAAGCUCAUUCUACAUAAUCCAUACAUUUUGACUUUGCCAGAAGUGGAAGGUGUAAAGGAUGAAGCUAUCCCCAAAAAUGUUCAGCAGUUUUGGAUUUCAUGCAGUAAUCAGGACAAGUUACUCCACAUUCUUGCCCUUUUGAAGCUGGAGCUGGUUCAGAAAAAAGUUCUGAUAUUUACUAAUUCCAUUGACAUGAGUUUCAGGCUGAAACUGUUUUUGGAAAAGUUUGGAAUAAAAUCUGCUGUUCUAAAUGCUGAGUUGCCACAGAAUUCUCGUCUUCACAUACUUGAGGGAUUCAAUGCGGGGCUUUUUGAUUAUUUAAUAGCAACUGAUGACAAUGAAACAAAAGAGAAGGAACAAGCUGGUGGGAGUCUUGCUGAGUCAAGAAAAUCUAAAAGACAUGCUAAGCAAAGAUUGGACUCUGAAUUUGGAGUCGUAAGGGGCAUUGACUUUAAAAAUGUACACACGGUUAUAAAUUAUGAUAUGCCUCUGAGUGCUGCGGGAUAUGUACACCGAAUUGGCCGUACUGGAAGAGGAUAUAGCACUGGUGCUUCUGUCUCUCUAGUUUCUACAGAUGAGAUGGCAAUUCUUGAAGAUAUAAAAUCCUUUUUAGGGGAUGAUGAGAGCAAGGAUUCAAACUUAAUUGCUCCUUUUCCUUUACUCACUAAGAAUGCAGUGGAGUCUUUACGAUAUAGAGCUGAGGAUACUGCAAAGAGUGUGACAAAGGUUGCUGUCAGGGAAGCACGAGCUCAGGAUUUGAGGAAUGAAAUACUCAAUUCUGAGAAGUUGAAGGCUCAUUUUAAAGCUAAUCCAAGGGACUUAGAUCUAUUGAAACAUGACAAGGUUCUGAGCAAGAAGCCCCCUGCUCCUCACCUACGUGAUGUGCCUGACUACCUGCUGGACCCAACAACUAAGGAAGCGAGCAAAAUGGUCAAACUUGCUAGAGCUGCAAUGGGAAACAAUAACUCCGCUCGCCGUCAGGGAUCCAGGAGCAAAUUUAAGCGAAGUAGAGACCCACUAAAGUCUUUCUCUGUUGAGGCACCAAGGAGAGCUCUCAAAGGUCAGAGGGAUAGUGACAAUACUCAUAAACACAAAAGGAGAAGAGCCGUCUGAUUUAAUUUUUUUGGCCCUUGCAAUUUUGCAUGAGUUAUUUGUUACUUUAGAAUAUCCACUUUAUAUAUAAUUUAGAUGCAUUAAAUUGAGAAAAAAAAAGCAAUUUGAUCGUAUUUCAUCCGGAGUUGUGGCUAUCUAGUUGAUUAUGGCAUGCUCCUUCGGAGGCCUUUCUGCAGAUGAAAAUUGUAUGGAUACCACUUCAAAUGCCUUCUAUUUAAAGUAUAAAUUGUAUUUUCUAA